AUGUACUGCUUGCGCGGACCGCAGCUGUCACUUUUACUCGCCACUAUCGCGCUGGAAGGGAUGGUCACAGAUGGAGCAGCCCUUUCUGAAGCUCGGAUAGCUUCUCCUACAGAAGACGUCGCAUCAUCCGAAAGUCCUCUAGGCCUUCCAACAUUUCCCAAGCUCCAGGGACUAUCCUGCGAGAAUGAAGGCUUCAUGAGCAUCGACACCGACGGCGUGUACCGCGCCUAUCUCGCCGACGGCACAGUCACAGACGCUUCACGUCUGAGUCCUCAGCAGAUCCAGAUCUUCCUUAGUGCUUGCGAACCAUGGGAGAGCACGACUGAAAUGCAAGAGUUGCGGACCAUAUAUACAGAUGUGGACUCCUCGAGGAUUCCGGAUGAGCAGCUUCUCAACCCAUCGGAUAGUGCGCGACCAUGGGACAAGAUCGCUGCAUUUGCUGAUGCUGUUGCAACAACGCCAAGAAGAAGGUGCAAUGCUGAGGACUAG